UGUAGUUUUAUCGUUUUCUCUGUAAAUUCUAAUGUAUUAUACACUCAAAUAGUAUAUUUACAUGUUAUCAAUUGUUCGGGGUAACAACUUGACUCGAUGGAAAUGACCUCUAACGAUGAUUUAAAGAAUUAUUUGAGAACAGCCCUAAAUGAUGAUGGAUUUUUAAGUGAAAUUAAAGCUGAUAUAUUGAAGAAGAUUUUUAAAAAAAUAAGGAAUCAAUCACCUGAAUUGAAAACAUCUCCUGCUUCAGAUAUACAUUCAAAUAUCAAAUUACUAAUUAAUGAAUUAAUAAUUGAAUAUUUAAACUUUGAAAAUUUAUCAUUUACAGAAUCUGUUUUUCGUCAAGAGUCUGGUCAUGGUAAUUUACAUAAUUUACCUAGGCAAUUUCUAUGUCAAACAUUACAAAUUAAACCAACUGUAAAUAUUAAAUCGUUAAUUCUUAAAAAUAAUAAUAAUAAUAAUGGCGAAAACCCAUUAAAUAAUCAAAAAUCUUCUACAGAAUUAAUUGAACAACCAAUCCCUUUAUUAUUCUAUAUUGUACAUUAUCUUAUGGUAAAUGGUUUAGAUAAAGUACAUAACCAUGAGUUAUGUAAUAAAGAUUUUUCAAGUCAAGAGCAAAAAUCAAUCACUAAUGGUCGGUCUAUAAAUAAUCGAAAUAAUGAAGAUGAUUACAAUCACACUUCUCUCCAAACUACACAAAAGCACUUUCAUGCAGAACAUAUUUUAAUUCAUAAACCAACUGAUAAUACAAAUUGGAUUAAUUCUGAAUCUGAUUUGUAUUAAUCUUUUAUGCAAUUGGAAUAAACUUCUAAUACUGUAUAUAUUUACUUGUUUCUUUAUUACUAUUGUUGUCAUUUAUUUAAUAUCUUACUACCCUGUUAACAGAGCUGUCCACUCUCUCCA